GGAACCCUCCGUCACAGCUUUGUAAAUGGAAAAGACAAGAGCAGCUGGCUUUUCUCCACACAGAGGAACGGGCGCUAGGAGGACAUAGCAGCGGAGAAGUCCCGGGCUCUCUGUGUGUCAUCCGGACCUUCUCGUUCUUCAGCUGGGGGCGAGAGAGAACCUCCUCGGAUACUCACGUGAAGUCUUCCAAGUCUUCCAGCGGAGAGGUUGCCAUGGUGAACAGCAGGGUGGAGGCGCCCACAGUGGCGGUGAUAGGCGGUGGUGGGGGGACAACGGGCAAGUUGUGUGCAGGAUGUGGAGGUCGAAUCACAGACCGCUUCCUGCUCUUCUCCAUGGAGCGGUACUGGCACACGCGAUGUCUCAAGUGCUCCUGCUGCCACGCUCAGCUGGGCGAGUACAGCAGCACCUGCUACAGCAAAGGAGGCAUGAUCCUCUGCAAGAACGACUACAUCAGGCUGUUUGGACACAGUGGAGCCUGCAGUGCUUGUGGACAGUCCAUACCUGCCAGUGAGAUGGUGAUGCGAGCACAAGGCAACGUUUACCACCUUAAGUGUUUUACCUGUGCCACCUGUAGAAACCGCCUGGUCCCUGGCGAUCGCUUUCACUAUGUCAAUGGGACUAUCUUCUGUGAACAUGACCGGCCGGGAGGAGGUCUGAUCGGUGGACAUCCAGCUCCUCUGCAGGCCAACAGCAUGAUGUCCGACCAGAAGGUCUGCUGAGGAAGACGAUGGAAAACCAAAUGUGUGCCUUCUCAACCCACCUUUCUCCUCUGUUUCUCCUUUACCCUCGUCCUCCACCUGCAAAUCCUGCCAUUGGCUGAGCACCCUCCAGUCACUCCACAGUGUGGAUAUAGUCAUUACUGCUACUCGUUUAGAUUUCAACAUCCCAACAGAGACUGGCUUCUCUGAGUAGACGGUGAGGAGUGAAAUCUGGACUAGUGGUCAAGUAUUCUGUCGGAUAGAUGAGGAUGCUGAGGUUGAUGGAAUGUAUUUAUACAGUAGACUGUUGUCUAUUGCGAACUGUGGCAAUAUUACUGAUAAUAUUGGCAUAUGGCAUGGAUAACGGGGAAAAUGGAAGACUGCCACUGAAUUAUUUCCGCUGGAAUCAUCAAUAACCUUUACCCAGCUAGCCAGUUACAGUGGGCAUUGAAUAAGGAGGGAGGAGUUUCAGAAAUGUGAUUUCUGCAGGAGGUUAAGUAUACUUCAAAAUUCACACCAACCAUACACAAGUUUGGCUGUUCUUUUGGUUUGAGGAAACGGAUCUCCUGACUCGUGAUUCCAGCUGCUGGAUGUUUCCUCUGUAACUCUGAGAGACAAGUGAACAAGAAAACAUCUGUAUUGAUAC